UUUCCAUCCUCAGCUGGUUGGCUGAGGCCUAAAAAUCCAAAGCCUGUAUCAAAGAAAGAAAGGAAGGAGAAGAAGAAAUGGAGCAGCCACCAGCACCACGUGAAUUACCGCCCCAUCUCCCUGAUGAACUCGUCAUUCUUGAAAUUCUCCCGAGAGUCCCUGUCAAGUCACUCUUGAGAUUCAGAUGCGUUUCGAAAUCAUGGCUUUCUUUGAUCUCAACACCACAUUUCAUCAGAGUCCAUCUCGAAAAAUCAUCCCAAAACAAAGAUUACAGCCGCCUCAGCCUCAUUGCACAUACUUCUGCCCCACGUUUUGCUUUCAAGAAUUGCUCUGUUCAGUCUUUACUGCAAGAACCGGUUACUCAUGCAGCUAAUAUUGAUUAUCCUGUUGAAAAGGCUCCUAGUUCAAUCUCUAUUGUGGGUUCUUGCAAUGGGUUGGUUUGCAUUGUUGUAGACUGUGAACAAAUUUAUAUAUGGAAUCCAUCAACGAGAAAAUCGAACAAAUUGAAAGAUUCAGGUUUUAUAAGAAAGCAGCAUUGCUAUACUAUUUACGGUUUUGGAUAUGAUGAGAUCAAUGAUGAUUACAACGUAGUGGCAAUUUUACGGGCUCUUAAUCAUGUGAAGAUUGAGACUAAGGUUUAUAGCCUAAAGAGUGACAAGUGGAGAAGGAUUGAGGAUAUUCCUGGCUGUUUCCCUUUUUAUAGUUGGGGGAAGUAUGUUGAUAGAAAGUUACACUGGCCAGGCUAUAGUGGUAAGCAAGACAGGGCUGUUGUUUCUUUUGAUUUAGCUCAAGCUAAAUACGGAGAAUUGAAGCUUCCAACUAAUGGAGAGGGAGCGUCCUUUCCGGUACUUGGAGUAUUAGGGAGGUGCCUUUCUGUAACUUAUGAGCAUCAGAGGUCCAACACUGUGGAUUUGUGGGUGAUGAAGGAGUAUGGAGUGAUGGAAUCUUGGACCAAAAUUCUUACUUUUCCAAGUUUUGGAAUUCGCGGUCCUGUGCCACUGUGCAUUUCAAGGAAUGAUGAAGUUUCAAUCCAAUUUGGAUCUACUUUCAGGCUGUACAGUUUGCAAGAUGAUUCGAUGGGAAAUCCUAAGACUAUCAACAUGGAUGGAUGCCGUGAUGCAACCAUCUAUGUUGAGAGCCUGGUUUCUGCAAGUGCUGCAGAAAAAGAUGAAAGGCGAUAUGGAUAACAAAGGCAAACAAUCUGUUUCAUUUCGUGAUUUCCAAGACAUACUUGUCGGACCCUUGAUCGAAAGCCUUGUAGAAGGCAAUACUAUUCAGUAUUCUGGAGAGAAAGAUUUAGUAGCAGUUGGUAAUAUAGUAGUUGACACAUCUCAUAUGUACAAGGAUGGAUCA